UCUCCAUAGCGACAGCGGCGACCGUAACAAACGGAGACACCAACUCGCCACCAGCAGGACAAAGCAAAAGCCCAAAAUGGGGAGGGAAGUUCCGGAAACCACGGCUCCCUCUUCCGGUCUCGGGGCAUUGUGGGAUGAGGGGCGGGGAGGCUCCGCCCAUCCCCGGCCAGCUCCACCCCCGCUGGCUCCAGAAUGGCAGAGGGUGGGGAUGGGGCCUUGGGAGCGACCGAGCGGCAGGAGCCCAGUGUUUUAGCCAUCGAAGGACCAUGGUGCUUCCAUGUCACCAUGUUGUGGUGCUCCCGCCUGUGGCAGUACAGUAGUUUUCCUCUGUUUUGCCUGCGGUGGCCAUUGGUAUGUGGGGUGCCCAGAGGCCUCCCUGACCCCCUCACGCCUGGCAGAAUGGCCUCAGCUCGAGGAGACAAGCAGGCUUCGCCCCGGGUGGGGACCGCCUGCUACACAGAGACAUCCACGGUCCUCGUGGAGACCUGGUCCCACCGCGUGGAGACGUCGUCCCAGCGGGUGGAGACCUCCCAACGCUGCAGUGAGGAGCUCUCCCUCUCACCGUCAGGAAAGCGGCUCCCUAGCGUCCUCGAGGCGUCCUCCCUGCACGUGGAAGCCUCCUUGAAGCACAUGGAAACGGCCUCCCACCACGUCAGGGCCUCGUCCCUGCAGAUGAAGACUUCUCUGCACCGCGCGGAGAGCCCGGCCCCUCGGGCCAGGCCGGCUGCUCCCCACCGAGGGAAAAAAUGGCCUGAUGAGAUGCUGCUUCCCAAGGGCCACCAAGGAGCCAGGGCCCUCAGCCAGGACAGAAAGGCCUCCAGCUGCCAGGUGGACCAAUGUUUUUUGGUUUCAUGGAAACAGCCCAUAAAUCAAUGUAAGAGACAGCCAAGCCGCCAUUCCAAUAAACAUCCAAGGUUUAUUGACCGUCGUCCUGCAGCAUCUUGGACCAGCCUACUUUUGACCCAGCGAAUUAUUUUCACUUGAAGCCAGCACAAAAGGUUUUCAGGCCCAGGAUGUUGUAUAAAUCGGGUUGAUGGACAAAGAGGCUGUUUGAGCCUUUGAGCCAGGCGAGUUUGGGAUCCAAAGCCCUCAGAUGACCUUAACCCCUUAGGAACAGAGACCAAACUGAAAUCAUGACCUGUGGAAUGAUUCCGUGCCUGCUAAAAGCUUGAGAGGCAACAGACUCAUAAAUUAGUAAUUGGGCUUUGUUUACGUUUCAAAGUAAAUGGUUUUCUUUAUGUUAAGUCUUUGUACCUGGCACACCUAUCCAUACACUUUUUUAAGGUAGGUUAGAUGUACUUAAAAACUACAGCAAACCCACCAGCAAGCAAAAAUAAUCUUAGAAGAGAAAGUGAAAGGAGGUCAUGGAAACCUGACCUGAGGUUUGAAGAAGAUGGACAAGAGUCAUAUUUAUUGAGAACCUGCUCUGUGCCAGGCACUACAGAUGCUCCUCCACUUUCGAUGGGGUUACCUCCCAAUAAACCCAUUGUAAGCUGAAAAUAUGGUAAUUUGAAAAUGCGCUUACUAUCUACAACCUACUAAAUAUCGUAGCUUAGCCUAGCCUACCUUAAACACGUUUAGGACACACUAGCCUAAAGUUGAGCAAAAUCAUCUAACAGAAAGCUUAUUUUAUAAUAAAAUGUUGAAUAUCUCAUGUAAUUUAUUGCUUACUAUACUAAAAGUGAGAAACAAUGGUUGUAUGAGUACUUAAAGUAGUAUUUUUACUGAAUGUCACUUUUGUACCAUUGGGAACUGUCUGUAUUCUGGGAACUUGGACUAUAGCAGUAAAAAAGGCAAAGACCCAACUCUAGUGGAGCUUACACUCUGGUGAAAAGGUAAACAAGCAAUGAUGAAAGGAGACAAUUUUCUACUGUGAUUAGCACUAUAAAGGAAAUAUAUGGGUAAUGUGAUAGAGAUUACUUACUCAUUAGGUGACAUUUAAUCUGAGAUAUGUGUGAACGAACAGUGAUCUGGAAAGGGGACAUUCUAGGCAGAAGGAACAGCAAAUACAAAAGGUGGAUGGAACAAGUUUUGAAUGCUCAAGGAACAGAAAGAAGGCCAGUGUGGCUGGAGUGAGAUAGGGGCAAUUCUAUACACAUGGAAGCAGAAUGGAAGACAGGAGAUUAAAGCAAGCAGGGGCCAGUCCACAGAAGGCCUUCUAAGCCACAGUAAGGAGUUUGAGAUUUAUUCUAAGGUCAACAG